UUGAGUUUUGAUAUAUAAAAGGACAACCUGCUUGCUAUUUCUGUCAGUGCACGGAGUUUUGGUAGUUUUAGAGCAUUAAAAUGAGAACGAUCUUGUGUUUGGCGCUACUUGCCUUGGCAGCCGUCAAUGCCGCCGAGAACGCUAAGAAGCCCGCCGCCAAGAACUCCAAACGUAGCUUGGAACACAUCGGCCUAGGCACAAACCUCCUUUCUUACUCCGGACUUGGAGGACUAGUCUACGGAAGCGGCUUAGGCUAUGCCAACUCUUAUGGAAUUGGUUCAGUGGGACUCGUCCAGGACACCCACGAGGUACGUCACUUGUCCCAACAAGUGCCAGUAGCGGUACCACAACCUGUCCCUGUAACCGUCACGAAAACCGUAUCGGUACCACACCCCGUACCAGUAGAUGUUCCCAAUCCAGUACCAGUCCCUGUCCACGUCCAGGUACCUUACGACGUACCAAAAGCGUACCCAGUCAGCGUACCACACCCAGUCCCUGUAAGAGUCAACGUACCUACCCCAUACGAAGUACCAAGGCCUUACAACGUCGAGGUGACCAGACCAGUGGCCGUAGACGUACCAAGACCUGUGGCUGUUAGGGAACCUCAUCCAGUGCCAGUUGGAGUACCCCAAGCUGUUCCUGUUGAUGUGCCUACCCCAGUAGCUGUACGAGUACCACAACCAGUGGUUGUUAGGGUCCCUCAGGUCGUCAAGACCUACUCUCAUGGUCUCGCACCCACUAGCUACUACGGAGUGGGAGGUUACGGAAUUGGAGGUUAUGGAAGCUACGGAUACGGAAGUUACCUUCCUUCCACUUAUGGCGCCGUUCAAGCUUGGUGAAGAGCUUUGUGUGAUUAGAAGUUAACUUAAAUAGAGCGAAACUAAUAAAUUAUCUUAUAAAAUA